UGCAAGCAGGCGAAGAUUUUACUAGCUCUGGGAAACUGUCACAAAAUCACAACUCACAACUCCAUAUUUAUUCGCAAACUCUAUAUAACUAUAUAUAUUUCUGUAAGCCCCAAAACCCGAUUAUAUUGCAGUCAUGCCGAUGAAUGGACAGGCAGGCGGACAAAAUGGACGCAAGCGUCGCGAUAAUGAAGAUUUCUCGGUGAAGCUAUCCACCAUUCGGAUCUGGAUGCACGAGAAGGACAUCGGCAAGCUCACUCGCAUUUUGUGGGCGGGCCAAGGGAAUCGCCUCAGCCAGCAGGCCAGCAACAAUGGGCGGGUGAAGCGCUUCCUGGCCGCCGUUCCCCAUGUCAUGAAUGCCAUCAAGGAUCUGCAUCAGGCUGUCAUAGAUAACAAUCUGGAGAAUGUGCAGUCGCUUUUGGAGCCACCGGUGCCUAGUGCCUUGGUCACCUGCAAGGAUGGCAACGGCCUCAAUGUGAUUCACAAGGCCGCUGGCCUGGGACACACCAAGAUCCUGGAGUAUCUGGUGGGCAUUUGGCCGGAGGGUGCCCACGAGACGGACAUCACAGGCAAGACAUCGCUCCACUGGGCCGCCAGUGCCAAGAACAACAUGCGAUGCUACACCCUGCUCACCCAAGCGGGUUGCGAUGAGGAGGCCGUGGACUAUAAAAUGAAGACACCUUCAUACUAUCGCCACAAGCCGCACGAAAUCGAGCGGGCCUUCCUGGUUUAUGUGCCGGAUGCGCCGCGUGUCUCACCCGACAGCGUCACCGAUUGGGAGGCCUUGAGUGAUGAGGCUGGCGGUGACAGUGUCGCGGGCGGGGAUUCCAGCUCCAAGAAACUGGACAUGAAGGCGGCGCCGAUGGGGAAUGGUCGCAAAUCGCUGGACGACAGCCUUGAGAACACCUCGGAGCUGGACACCAACGAUGGUACGAGUGCCAAUGAGGAUGACGAUCUGUCCAAGGCGGAUGCAGAGCCGGAAGUGGAGGCCAUUGCUUCGCCAUUGCAGCGCCGACCGGAAACGCCGGGCACCUUCAACACGAUCAAUGGCAACGGCAAUGGCGAUCACGAUGGCGAUGACAGCAGCGAGGCGGAGAAUAUUGCAAGAGCUAUAAGCGCAGACGAAGGCGAAGGCGAAGUGGCUGAGGAGAACGGAGGCGAAGAUGCAGCGAUCCUGGAGAAUGGCAAUGGUCACGAGGCGGAAGUGGAGCAGAAUAAGGAGGAGUCUCAGGCAGAGGAGGAUGAGUUGCCAACUGAAGAGCAACCCGAAGAGUCGGCUACAGAGAGUGAGAUAGAAGGAAACAAAAAGACUGAAGUUGAACAGGAACCGGAAGUGGAGCUAGAAGAGGCUGCUCAGGAGAAGCCUGCGGAGGAUCAGGAUGAGGAGGAACCCGAGGAACCCGAGGAACCAGAGGACGUGGCUAUCGAAAGUAAUGAUGUGGAGACCCAAAACGAGGACGAUAAAGAAAAUGAAAACGAUAACGAGAACGUUGAUGACGACGAUGAGGAUGUAAUAGCUUCGGACAGCAAGGAGGGCAAACCGCUGGCGGAGGGAGGAGCAGCCGAGCCGCAGGAGGAGGAUGGCAGUGAGUCCCUGACAUCAGCCAUGGCCAUCGAGGGCUUCGUCCAGGGAGCACCCGAGGAUUAUACAGUUCAGUCUCAAACUGCAGUUGAUGAAGAUACACGCAUCCAGGGGAUCGUCGAGUCCGGCGACCUGGAGCAGCUGGCCGAGAUCGUGUUGAACGGCGAUGGGGGGCGCCUGAUGGGGCUGAAGUCGCCGGAGCCGGAAAUACAGGCCUUUCUCAACAACGUGCCCAGCUAUAUGGAGAAAAUCCAUCGCGUGCACGACGCGGCACGUGACGGCGGCCUGCUGGCACUGCAGCAGGCACUGGAUCGCCGGAAGUUUGCCAUUGCAAAGGACGACAUAUCGCCCAACGGCUCCACGGCCCUGCACGUGGCCGUGCUCUUUGGCCACACGGACAUCGUUCGGUACUUGGCCUCCCGUUUCCCGGAGACCAUGACGAUUACGGAUAAUGACGGACGCACGCCGCUUCAUUACGCAGCCACAAUUAAGGACAACGGUCACUUCUACCACAUGCUUCUGCAAAUGGGCGCCAAUCCCAAAUCGCUGGACAAGCUGGGCCACUCGGCCGAGUUUUACCUGGACAGGGACAAGGCGAAAAACAUACUCAACUACACCGAGCUGCUCAACAUUUUCGGGGCCGAGGAACUGGAGAACCAGUUGCUCAACGACCAGGGUCAGGCGCAGCCGGUGAGCUUUCAGGCCAAUCCAAUCUUCAAGACGGAGCAGGGCAAAUACCUGGCUGAUUCUCUCGCUGAUCCUCUAAUCAAGGCUCUCACCGAAAUAGCCAACAAGCGGCCCCGCGACCCGGUGGCCUACCUGACCAACUACCUCCAGCACUUCAUGGGCGAGCGCAAGCCAAUGACCGAGGUCCAGGUCCACUCGGGAAGCAGCAAGACCAGCACGAAUUCCACCUCCACCCUGGCUAUGGCCAAAGCGAACAGCACCAGAAAUGGUCCUGGCCCAACCAAUGCCGAUCUCAUAGAGCUGGACGCUCGCUCCUUCGUGGAGGAGGAGGAUGCCGAGGGCGCCCUGGCAGUGCAGCACUUGGAAGAGCGGGAUGAACAUGGCCAGAGUAUGCUGCACUUUGCCUGCGCCAGAUCCCAUCGAAGGGGAGCUCUCUACACGCUCAUCGAGGAGUCGGGCAUAGAUAUCACCUACCGAGAUGAGCUUUAUAGAACAGCAAGAGAUGUCUCGCUGCAGGCCAAUCAGCCCAACAAUGCGGCGGAGAUCGAUCGCUAUAUCCUAGCUCAGGCUGUUAUUGGCGACGUGGAACCCUUUGAGCAACUCGCCUUGCAAGGCUACGAUCACAUCCUGGAUGUGGAAGACGAAAGCGGUCAGUCUAUUAUUGAUGUUGUUCAGUCCCGGCAGAACGAUGCCCUCUCCGAGUUCCUAGGUAAUCUGCGAGGCUUGGAGGAGACCCGCGAGGAACUGCAUCAAAUGAUCAGAGACAACAAUAUGGAACGUGUGAUGGAACUAACUGCUGUUGCCAAUGCCAAGUGGUUGGUCAAGACCAAGAACUACUAUGGUCGAACCGCCCUGCACAUAGCGGUGCUGAAGGAGUCAGAGGAAAUGGUGCAGCAUCUCGUAAAGAUCUGCCCUGAGACUUUGAAGAUCACCGAUAAUCUGGAACGUACUGUCCUGCACUAUGCCAUGGGCACCAAUGCUCUGGAGAGCGUCAGCCGGAUUCUGAUACAAAACGGAGCCAAGCGAACGGCCAAGGAUCUGAAGGGAAGGCAGCCAAGCUACUACUUUAUCAACAAGGCGGACAUACUGCGUCUGCAGGAGGAGGAGGAGGAGAGCCGCUGA